CUCAAACGGAGCGUGCACAACGGCUUUUGAUCUUUUGCUGUUGGAGAGGCUCAUUAGCCAAGCACUCAUCGCAAAGCGUGACUAAUCACUCGGUUCGCUCACUGACCCGUUCCACUCGGCCAGCCGUUGGAGACUGGUUUUGAAGAUUUUGGCAGGCGACGAAUGUCACAGAGCGAAGAGCAGUGCCGUAUUUCGAGCUGCGCAGAAUGUGUUGAUCUGGUGGAUCUGCACAUUGGCAUCUCAGAGCAUCUCCAGCCCGGUCACGAGCAAGCUGCCCACGAUCUAUCGACUCUUUGCUCCACCGCUGACAAUUGCCAAUGGUCACGCUGUACUAUUACGUCGAUGAUGUGAUCUAUAUACUGAGGAGACGCGAAUGCUAGGCAUAGGACGGAAGUCUACGCGAAAGCUGAUGAGGCACCUAGACUACCAGUCUCCAGGUAAUGAGAGCGGCCUCGACGCAGUACGCCAGUGAACAGCCUCCGGGGAAAGUCAGGCUUUUCUUAUGGGUCGGAAUCCUCCUUCCUCGGGCGAAAAUAGCGGGCG